GCUCUCACACUCGCACUCCGCGCUCUGAAGACAAACACGCUCCAGUUUGGUUCAUGGAGUAAUUCCUUCAUUCCUUCCUUAAUAUAUACUUUGGAUGUCUUACAUGUGAGGAUUUAUGGAUCGUGUCGGAGCUGCAGGGGAGACAGUGCGGUCUGGGAAUAGGACAAGUCAAUCCCGGGAAUGAUUUUAUAACAUUUUAUAUCUGGAAGUGUUUUUUUUUUUUGUUGGUUGUCGUUGUUCUUUUUCAAGAGAGAGGGGAAAAAAGAAGCGUGGCGACAGAAAACAGAUCAAAAUGCUGGACGAUAAAGAGCCGACGUCGAAGCUCGCAGCUCCGUCGAGAGGUUCGUCUUUUUACAUUGAGAAUUUGCUGAGAACUUCGGACGGAGGAGCUUCUGCUGUGGGGAAAGUUACCGUCCACAGGCCGGCGAUGUGUCCCCGACAAGAAACUGGACACGUACAUUUGCUGAACUGGAAGAAGACAUCGCCGGACACAGUUCACGGCGCCACCAGAAGUCCAAGGUCCAUGAUCAGCUGCUCAGAUGAACAGAGGGACCGGGAUUCCCCAGCUUUAACGGGGCGGGCGGAGGAGACUGACGAACCGGACGAGAAGCGGGAAGAGACAGUGACAGUGGAGGAGAGAGAGGAAGACGUGUCCUCCUCUCGCUUCUCUCGGGAGGACAGCUGUGAGCAAGGUGACACCAAAGAAACUCGAAAGAAGAAAACCCGCACCGUGUUCAGCCGCAGUCAGGUCUUCCAGCUGGAGUCCACAUUUGAUCUGAAACGCUACCUGAGCAGCUCAGAGCGGGCCGCGCUCGCCACUGCGCUGCAGCUCACAGAGACACAGGUGAAGAUAUGGUUUCAGAACCGCAGGAACAAAUGGAAGAGGCAGGUCGCUGAAGACAUGGAGGCCGGCGGCAGUGGCGGAGCGGCCGUGCGGCCCUACACUGCACAGAGGGUCAUCAGAGUUCCCGUGCUGUAUCGCGAGAACAUCCCAGCGCCUGUAACUUUCACAAGUCUGGCCCAAGUGUCGCCAUUGCCGACCGGCUUCUCUAGUGCCAUUAACUAUCCACUGACUCCUCACUUCACUCAGCCAGUGUCGUUUAUAACACGGCAGAUGACCGGACUGGUGUGACUGUAAAAGUGCAGCCCAGCACAUACCUGUGACUUUUUGGACAACAAUAAAUAAUAAAGAAGCAGCAAAUCUUUCUUUUUCGUAGCAGUUUACAUUCUGAGAAGAAAGAGAAGCGGACAGUUCAUCCUGUGCUUAACUGUUUCUGUGGGACUUUUUUCUACAAGGACGAUCAAACUGGUGUGACUGUAAGCGUGUGAGAGGUGUUAAAGCGAACAAGCACAUAUACCUGUGACUCUUUUUACACCAAUUAAUCAAAUAAAGAUGCAGCAAAAAAGGUUUUCAGUUUUAUUUGUUCACAUUCUGCAGAUGGAACAACACAAGAUCACACAGGAUUUAAAUAUGGUCCUAUUUUGUGACUAUUUACAUAAUUAUAUGGACAAUUCAGAUA